UUCUUCAACCUCACUUCACUCCCCUCCAAUCUCAAUAUCUCAAAUCUCAAAUCUCAAAUCAAAACCCUGAUUCAACAACAACUGGGUUUUGGCAUACAACGAAGGUGUUUCCAAGAUGGGUGUGUCAUCUUGGCCCUCUGAUUCAGAGCUGGAUAAAAUCAAGAAAGUGGUUGCUGAAAUGGCUGGGGUAGCUGUUAAUGUGGUCAGGGUUGUUGUAUCUCCUUACAGGAUUUGUCCUUUGGGAGCUCAUAUCGACCAUCAGGGUGGAACAGUUUCAGCCAUGACAAUUGAUAAGGGUAUAAUUCUUGGAUUUGUACCUUCUGGUGAUCCUAAGGUUCUACUAAGGUCUGGACAAUUUAGCGGAGAAGUUCAUUUCAGAGUCGAUCAAAUUCAGCUUCCAAAGCAUAUUGCCAAGCCAAAUGGCAAGAUCCAAGAAAACCAUCCAUCUGAUCCACCGGAAGAAUGCAAGUGGGGAAGUUACGCGAAAGGAGCAGUGUAUGCACUGCAACGUGGAGGAAACCAUCUAAAGCAGGGUAUCACGGGAUUCAUUUGUGGGACCGAGGGUCUUGAUAGUUCAGGUCUAAGCUCAUCUGCUGCCGUUGGAGUUGCUUACCUGUUGGCUCUGGAAAGUGCAAAUAAUCUCAUCAUAUCUCCCACAGAAAAUAUCGAGUAUGAUCGGCUAAUCGAGAACGAAUAUUUGGGCCUGAAAAAUGGCAUAUUGGAUCAGUCAGCUAUAUUGCUUUCAAGCUAUGGCUGUUUAACUUGUAUGGAUUGCAAGACCAAAAAACACAAGCUUAUACACCCACCUAAGAUUGAAAUGGAGAAAAAGGGUGAAUCUAAAAUUCCCUACAAGAUUCUACUAGCAUUUUCUGGCCUGAAGCAGGCUUUGACAACUAACCCUGGAUAUAAUCGGAGAGUUUCCGAGUGUCGAGAGGCUGCAAAGAUCCUUCUAAAGGCAGCUGGGAAAGAAGUCGAGCCUAUUUUAUCUAACGUUGAACAACAAGACUAUACGGCUCACAAGUCCAAACUAGAACCAGAUCUAGCUAGAAGAGCGGAACACUACUUUUCUGAGAACAUGCGGGUUAUUAAAGGACUAGAAGCAUGGGGUUUCGGCGAUUUUGAAGAGUUUGGAAAGCUUAUCUCGUCCUCUGGGCUCAGUUCAAUUCAGAACUAUGAAUGUGGUUGUGAACCGCUAAUCCAACUAUAUAAGAUCCUUAUAACGGCACCUGGUGUGUAUGGAGCACGGUUCAGUGGUGCUGGAUUCCGAGGGUGCUGUGUAGCAUUUGUGAAUGCAGAUUACGCAGACGAAGCUGCUUCAUUUGUCAAGACUGAAUUCCGUAAACUUCAACCUGAUCUGGCUAGUCAUCUUGACCAAAAAACGGCUGUUGUGAUAUGCGAUGCCGGUGACUGUGCUCGAGUCAUCUGAUCGAGCCUAAAACAAAGAGAUCUUUCCAUGAACGAACCUCUCCCUCUCUCCAUCUCGAUAUAUAUAUAUAUGUGAUUUCAUUUAUUUGAUUCAUUUGUACAAGUCUUUGUUACUCAUAUUCUCCAGUUUCAGACUCAUUCGUUAGGCUUAUUACGGAGCUGUAACGUGUUAUUAUUAUUUUGAAACAAUCGAAAUAAACAUGAAACUCGUCAUUUUUUCUGAAAAAA